AUGCCCCAAGAACCGAUUCUCCUGGUUGUAGAUUUCCAUCACGCGAGAGGUCCCGAAAUCGAGCUCUGCUUCUGCGAGGAUGCCACUGACCCCGUUGGCCAGAAUGACUGGUCGUUAUUACCGUUCAUGGCAUUGACUGACGGUGCGCAUGCAUCCACGGAAGACUUCUCAUACUUUACCCUUCAACGCAAUGCUACGCCGAUUGUGCCGUCGACGUCCCUAUUUGGUAUAUCAUGUACCAGGCAGCUUGAUUCCAGCUCGUUGAUUAAUCGUCCGCCGGAAGUGACGAGGUCGACAGUGCAAAAGGCCGUGGUUGUGAUAAUAGACGAACCAAAGCGCUUUGGGCAGCUAAGGGAGAAGCUAUCAAUCGUGACGUCGGCCUGGUUUGCGCAACGAGACUUCUCAGAUCGUGAUAUUUUGAAGAGACAGAUGCUAUUUUUUGGUAGCCGCUGUGAACGAUUAUGCAUGAUUCAGUUUUCUCUCAUUUCAUUGAUACCCGGCCUUCUAGACCAUCUUCAAGAUUGUGCAGAUCCAUCCUUCGAUACCUAUUCCCAAACUGCAGAGAAACCAACUUCCCUCAAGACAAGCGAGAGAAGCUCAUUACUUGCCUACAUGGGCCUACCUCUUCAGAUAUUUGGCAAGGGUAGCAUGUUUGGCCCAUACACACCAUUGCAGCAACUCGACCUCCUUGCGGAUCACGGAACCAAAUCGUACCUUGUCGGUUCUACGAACUCGCUCCUCUUACAACAAAAAGAUCGAUAUAGCGAUAUAUUAAUCAAUCUCGAUGAAGAUACAAUUACGAUCUCUUCGCCAUCUCUCCGAUCCGCCCUAUCCCUCACUGCUGCUGAUAGACGGUGGAUUGAUUUUCUUACACAGACCAUUAAUGAAACGUGGGACGAUGCUCAUCCGGAUCGACCCAAGGCACACGGAUACUUAGGAUCGGAGGAAUUUAUUCGCCUCCAAUUCGAAGAAUACCUCCUGGCCUUGCUUGCAUCCGUGAAGUACCACGAGCAGCUUACAACCCAAGGGUCGUUAGGUUCACCCAAAGCCGGGCCCAAGUCGCCAGGGUUUCAAUCACAAGCAAUUGAUAUUGAUGGCGACCCUGCCUUGGAUUUUAACGUUGAUUUCCUGGAGCGUUGGCGAACAACUCCGAACUACGCCUUGUUUAGUCGACUUACUUCGGAUGCGUUACUAUUUUCAAUUGUUGAGCCUCGUCAUCCCUGCGCUGGUGGCCUGGGCAUUGAAGAUAUUCAACGGCGUUUGGCCCAGCAGGUGUCUGAACUACAUUUAGAUGAACGUGUCCGUGAGGGGCGUGAGGUGUUGAAUAAACAUCUAGCAACUGGACAGAAGAAAGUAACGACAGCGUUCAAUAAUCUUUGGGCUGAUCUUGAAGCGAUGAGAGAAGCACAACGAAAGAAAAAUGAACCCAAAGCCCAACAACAGCAGCAAUCUUCUACGGAGAAAGAAUCGUCACCUCGACCAUCAGUAUCGUCACCCACAACCGGUUCAUGGGGUUUCGCUCCUAGAAAACCAACUGCAGCAGAUCUUUCUCAGGCUCAGGCGACUGUGGCUGCAGCAGGCCAGCGUGCAUCGGCUUACUUCAGUUCAUGGGGCUCGUGGGCUAGCGACCGGCGAAAGGAAUGGCAAGAAAAGAAAGCCAAUACAAACAGUAGGGUUUCGUCGCCCACAGGAACACCCAGGCAAUCAACCUCGAUACAAAAUAUCUCGGAAGUUACUAGCAUCGCUGAACCAAGUAGUGCCGGCCAACCAUUUUCUCCCACAAGCAAUGAUGAAGCCUCGGUCCUGAGUAGGAGCAGUAGCCGAAGACAAAGAUGGAGCAAUAUCCUGAAGAGACGUGAUAGCGGCGAUUCGAUAUCCGGCUCGGCAAAGAACGAAGCAGCAGCUCCUACUUCAAUGCCCAGCAAACGUCCAAACCCAGAAGAAGACACCGCCGUCUGCAUACAAGACUCUUCGACGACGUCCACUCCUCCAGUCCCGAAGAUUGAACAUCCAUCGGCUCAACCAGAGACCCCCAACACCCCGGAAAAAUCAGCCGAAGCGCCAACACCCACGCUCCGGCCAUCCGACAGGUUACAAACUCAUCACUACCCUGAUGAAGAGACGGUUAUCUCGCCUUUGAUGCUCGACGAGGAUAAUUCUCACAAUAUCUUCGCUGAUAUUGAUCUAAUCUCUCCGAAGGAUGCAAAGGUUGAAGGAGAGCCUUUAGGAAAUGAGCAACCCAAGUGA